ACAAAAUCGGUGAAAUAGUAAAGGAUGAAAUUCUAGACUACAACUUCAAAUUAUUGAGAUUUAGAUACGCACAGAAUGCAUUUGGAGUUACAUCAUAAAUUUAUUUAGAUGUAAUGACCAUAGAAAAGCUAAUAUUCUAAAAAACGUAGUUUUCGCACAUGCGUACUGAGGGAAAGAAGAAACAAGAUGGUCGACGAGGCGACAAGGAAGACUGUAGCAGCAAUUCCUUCGUUAAAAACAAAGGCAGGGCCGCGGGAUAAGGAUGAUUGGGUACUUAGAUUAAAAGAAGAAUAUACUGCUCUUAUAAAGUAUGUAAGCAAUAAUAAGGAGGCAGAUAAUGAUUGGUUUCGAUUAGAAUCUAACAAGGAAGGAACAAGAUGGUUUGGAAAAUGUUGGUAUAUCCAUAACCUUUUAAAAUAUGAAUUUGAUGUCGAGUUUGAUAUUCCAAUCACAUAUCCAACCACAGCUCCAGAAAUUGCUCUUCCAGAGUUAGAUGGGAAAACUGCCAAAAUGUACAGGGGAGGUAAAAUAUGCAUGACAGAUCACUUCAAACCAUUAUGGGGACGAAAUGUUCCUAGAUUUGGAAUAGCACAUGCAAUGGCAUUAGGGCUUGGUCCAUGGUUGGCUGUAGAAAUCCCAGAUCUUAUAGACAAAGGACUUAUUUCACAUAAAGAUAAAAGUCAAUAAUAGUAAUAAUUCAUCCAAUAAAAAUAAUUCACUUGUGAGA